CUGGCGCGAGGAUGUAUUUUAGUGCGCCCAUAGUCUGAGCGGAGCGCGCAGCUUCCACACCACUUUACCCUGGAUGUGAAGACAAUGUAGUGUCUCUAAGCAUUUCACUAAGCUUAUUAUUUUAAAGCUUUAAGAAAGCCAAGAACCGUUUUGGACAACAGAAAGUAAAACGGGAUUCUUUUGACCGUGUACCCACAUCAUUGCGCACAGGGUGAUCGGCCAUGGUGACUUUUACGCACUGCAGAUAACAAGUCUUUGGGACACAAAAGAAACAAAGGCAUGUAUCAAAUGGACGAGUGACUUUCCCUUCAUUUCGUGGAAACUACCGAGAAGUCAUGGCUGCAUUAAGAAGAAAAUUUGGAGAGGACUAUCAGGUUGUAAAUACCAACCGGGGCACCACGUUUUCAGCGCCAGUCAAAAAGAAACGCCAGCGGUUUGUUGAGAAGAAUGGUCGCUGCAACGUCCAGCACGGGAACCUCGGCGGGGAGACCAGCAGAUACAUCUCAGAUCUGUUUACCACAUUGGUAGACCUAAAGUGGCGAUGGAACUUGCUGAUCUUCGUUCUUACUUACACCAUUGCCUGGCUGGUCAUGGCAUCUAUGUGGUGGAUCAUAGCCUACAUAAGAGGAGACAUCAAUCAUGGCCACGACUCGACUUAUACCCCUUGCGUAGCCAACGUUUACAACUUCCCCUCCGCUUUCCUCUUCUUUAUCGAAACAGAAGCAACCAUCGGCUAUGGCUACCGCUACAUCACGGAGAAGUGUCCGGAGGGAAUCAUCCUAUUCUUGUUCCAAUCGCUCCUGGGUUCCAUCGUAGACGCGUUCCUCAUCGGCUGUAUGUUCAUUAAAAUGUCCCAACCCAAGAAGCGCGCCGAGACACUUAUGUUCAGCCAGGACGCAGUAAUCUCAAACCGAGACGGCAAACUGUGCCUCAUGUUCCGCGUGGGAAACCUGAGAAACAGCCAUAUGGUGUCUGCACAGAUCAGGUGCAAACUCAUAAAGUCACGCCAGACCCCCGAGGGGGAGUUUCUACCACUGGACCAGUGUGAACUUGACGUGGGCUUCGGGACAGGGGCUGACCAGCUCUUCCUGGUGUCCCCUCUGACCAUCUGUCACGAGAUCACCCCCAAGAGCCCCUUCUUUGAGCUGUCUCAGCGCUCCCUCAUGAAUGAGCAGUUUGAGAUCGUUGUCAUCUUGGAAGGCAUCGUGGAGACCACAGGGAUGACGUGUCAGGCGCGGACCUCCUACACGGAGGACGAGGUCCUGUGGGGCCACCGCUUCCUGCCCGUCAUGUCUCUGGAGGAGGGCUUCUUCCGGGUGGACUACUCCCAGUUCCACAACCACUUCGAGGUGCCCACGCCUCCCCACAGCGUCAAGGAGCACGAGGAGAAGACGUCCCUGCCCUCGCCCCUGUCCACCCCCGCCCUGGGCGAGAGCCGCGGCGGCCGGCGCGAGCGCGUCUUCUCGGUGGACUGCAUCCACGCGGCGGAGGAGCGGGGGGGCGCGGGGGGGUCGGGGGGGUCGGGGGGUGGACGGCUGCCGAGCAAGCUGCAGAGGAUGAGCUCGUCCGGGAAGGAGGACCUGCAGAGGAAGGUGCUGAUGCUGAGCUCCCAGCACUCGGAGAAAGCCUGCAGCACGGGAGACCUGCCCCUCAAGCUGCAGCGCCUCAGCUCCUCCCCUGGCCCCGAGGCCGAGACACGGCUGCAGCUCAAGGCCCUGAAGCUGGGCUUCGAACCCGUGACCCAGUCCACUGGAGACCUGCACCAGCUCAGCCCGCCCCCCACCCCCACCCCAGCUCCAGCCCCCACUCCUCAGCCCCCAGCAGGGGGCCGUCCAGAAGACAACCUCCCGGCCAAACUACGUCGGAUGAACGCCGAUCGCUGAGGUUGUGGUUAUAAACCAGACUCUGACCACACCUAGCCAGACCGGUUUACCACUCUUGGACCACAACCACACACAUUUUUAGACAAUUGUGUACUUUGAAGAUCCUUUACUGAAUUCUAACAGACAAUCCCAUGAAAGAAGAUGGAUGGCGUGUUUCAGUAUUUUUCUUGAUUUUGAAAACACAGUCAAUACUGGAAUUACUGUGAUCUUUGUGUUUAAUAGCUGCAGCUGUCAUACUGGCUGUUCUCGUUCACACAUGCUCAGAUUCGUUCAUCAUAUCACCCCCCCCUAUUUGAGACAGGCAUGCAUGUUGUACACUCACCAGACAGAAUUGUUUGCAUGUACACGCUUGAUCCAUCCGUAUGCACUGCACACCUCAUCUCUCAGUUAACGAAAAGAAAACGAUUAAAGAAAUAAAGUAUAUAUUUAAGA